AUGAGGCACUGGAGAGGGUCUUUUCCCCCUCCGGUGAAAGAUACCGAAUCGAAGAUCAUCGAGGACCGUCAGAUCGGUAGGUCGAGGUGCUUCGGAUUCGUUACCAGCAACAUGCGAAUGCGAUCCAAGGAGGCCAGAACCUUGAUUUGA